AUGGGGGAGCCUGCACUGAAGGCGUCAUGGUUGAAACUUCUGGAAAAUAAUAAUAAUAAUAAUAACAAUCUGGUAAAAACUCUUCCCAGACCCACUAUGAGAAGCGAUCAAUCUUCUUCAUCGAAUUCAAAGGCUAUCCCUUUGGAUCAUUUGACGCAUUAUAUUGAUUCUCAGAUAUCUGAGAUUCUAAGAGGGGAUCAAAAAUUUCUUCAUCGAGUCCCUGUACUGAAAUUAUAUGAAACAGUACGAGUCUUAUGCGUUAAUGGACACGGAUCUGCAAUUUAUCAAUUAGUCGUUGCAAAGUUUAAGGAAUUUUUCACUAAUGAUCCAGGAAUCAAUGAAUACAUGAAACAAAUUGUUGAAAUAAACACCAAUGACACCAGUGAUGACCAAAUAAAUCUCGGGAAAAUUUUUUCUGAGUUCCACCAGGAAAAGUUUGAUUCUUGUUGCAAUGCUAUCCGUCAAUUUCUUUUGUUAUUCAAUUACGUCUUCAGCAAAAUUAAUGUCAUUAAUUUGACCCUUGCUUACUUAGAUCGCAAUAUCUUGGUUAAUUCUUACUCAAAACUAACAAUUGUUGAGCUAAGUAACUCCUUGUUUUUUCAAAGACUUUUCACAGAGACCGAUGGAGUGGCAUGUGGGCAGGUUAUUCUUAAAAAUUUGUUGAAUUUGCUUCAUUUCAACAGGUUCUAUCAACUCAACAAACACUUGGAAAUAAAUAACUUUGACGCACUCUUACCGGUAAAGAUUUCGGUUUCUGCCUCCAAUGAUAUCGAUCCAGAAAAAUUACUUGUCAAUUCUUUGAUUAUUCUCAAGAAAAUCGACCUUAUUAUAUCUAAUCUUGAUUAUUAUAGGAAUAUUUCCACAGAAAUAUCCUGCCUUACAGCCAAAGCCAUCAAUUUUAACAAGCUCUAUAUUGAUGAACUCAAUAGAUUCACGACAUAUGUCACGGAAACUUUAUUGGUGGAUACCAAGGAAGGGAAAGUUUUUAUUCACCAUUUCAUCUCCAUCUUUGAAAAAUUGUAUCAACAUGAAAAUAUUCUCAUCAAGUUGAUUUAUAACAACAAAGACAUGAAAUCUGAAUUGAGAGUGUUGAUGCCUUCUUGUCACCUGGGUCAAAAGAUUUACUUUCAAUUUUUACACCAGUACUAUCAAUAUGGGUUAUUUAGCAUUCAUGCUAACUUUAUCGUUGAUGAUAAUGCAAAAGUGUUAUCGCUAGUUGAUAAGACUUUACUUUUCAAAUUGAUUGUUAACAACAAUACGAGCUUGCCUUCCAUAUUGAAUAAUUUGAUCACCAAUUUGAAUUACGAGGACUUGAAGAAACUAUAUGAGUUGCAUUGUCAAUUCGACAAGAUCCCUGUUCUGUUGAAUUCAAAUUUUAUGAUGGAGCUCAACAAUGAUGAAGAUACUGACAUUGAAGAUUCUUAUGGUAGUGAUGAUGAAGAUAAGAUUAUGAAGGUUCCAAGAACACCCUCUGAUCUGGGAUCCACACAACAACAUAAGACGAUUGAGUCUUUUGUGGAAAUUUGGGGGUCUAUUAUUCAAACCCAGCUCAAGACGACAUUCAUCAAUUUCAAGAAAAAACUGAACAAGCGCGACUUGUUUGGUAACAAUAAUAAUAACAGGACGGGUUCGAUCAUUGAAGUUUUAUACAAUUUGAAGCUUGGUUACUUUAACAUUGUCAAAGAAUCAUUCAAAGGAAAUCAUAAGUUUCUUGAAGAAAUCGAUAAGGCAUUUAUCAAAAUUUCGAGUAUCAAUAAGUAUGAGCUUAUCAAUGAAUUGGUCAAAUAUUGCGACUCCUUGAUCACAAGCAUGUACUCAACUUACAUUAAUCCGAAUAAACCAUUCAUAAGCUGCUUCAAUGAAGAUAUUGUGACAAAAAUCUUACCAAAUUUCACUCCAAUAUACUGGUUUUUUCUCAAGUUUCUAGAAGAAAGAAGAUUCGAAGUUUUCAUUGGUUGUUAUAAGAAUUAUCUUUCUAGAAGAUUGUUGAACAUGAAUAACCUCCUUGAAUCUGAGAGUCUAAAUAAGAAAUUAGUCAUCGAGAAAAUCAUUUUAAUUCUAUUCACCAAAGAUUUUGGUCAUCAAAAAGACCCUGAUAAUGAUGAAAUUAUGGUGAAAUUUCAGGAUUGGAACCGCAACUUGAAAAUGAUCAGCCAUUUCUUAUAUGAAAAAUAUACCGAGAAUGACACAGAGUUUGGAACCAUCGAUAUGACCCAGAUUAGCAAACCUCGUAAUUUGGACUUGCUGAAACACAUUGAUGGAUACAGUAGUAUUAUCACUGAUGAUGCCACUGGGGUUAAAUAUUACGAUGGCAUGCAAUUGGUUAUUGAAAGCAACAACGAGAAAUUUAUUGAGGUCGAUGAACUAUUAUCUAAAUUCAGAAGGGUGUAUUCCAUGAUCACUGAUCUUGAAACUUCACGAAAAUAUCUGGUUGAUUUUUCACAGCAAAUGAAUAAAUUCCCAACCGUGAAAAGUGGUAAAGAAAUCGAGUUUGAUCCUGUGGUUCUCAGUAAAAAAUCUUGGCCCAAUUUUAAUAACAACAAUUUUGGAAUUGAGUUACCCCAAAAAGCUCCUCAUGCCGAAGAUGAUCAUAAUCACUAUUCAAUGCCUGAAUUAUUCGACGCAUUCAAUGAAUUAUUCUUUCUUCAAACAAAUAAAAUUGUUUCAUUCCACGAAUCCAUGCCUGCAAAUUCAGAUAAAGUUCCGUAUGACAAACAAUCAAGAAUCUAUAGCUGCUCAGACCAUAAAUCUCUUAAUUGGAACUACUCACUUCACUAUUUAGUGUUAGAUUUCCACUUAACUGAAACCCAAACCGUGACGAUCCAGACAGUGUUUGUUAUUGGAUGCAUAUUAUUGAUGUUCAACGAUGCUACUACAAUUAGCUAUGAAAGCGUUUUAUCAAGACUAAAGUUGAAGAAAAACUCUGCUGUUGGAAAAGCGAACAUGAUUAAUGGAGAGACCUUGGCUCAAAAUAUCAAAUCUAAAGCUCCAAAAUACUCUAGUAGUAAUAAGUUUUUGAUCAUGGAAAGUAAAUCCAAACCUCCUCCUGCCAUUGCUUCUUUUUCUUCUUCUAGUGGCAUUGGAGGUCAAGACACCAUUAUUUCGGAUUCGAUGAAUAGUUCUACCACCGUACCCAUUAAUAUUUCGUCAGUAAUCACCGGAGAGGCUUUCCUAUCUGCUCUUCCGCAUGAUCCUGAUGACUUGGUAAAACGUUCGAUAUAUUCAUUACAAAGAUCCGGGGUUAUCAUAAAGUGUAACCCAGAGACUCGAAACCCUGAUUCUACUGCCUCCAUUUCUGGGAAAUUUGAUUCGCAUGGUAGUUUUAUGAUCAAUGAGAAUUUGCAAACGGAUUCAGAAGGAGAACACACAGUAUUGAGAAUUCCAUUGGUGAGCAGUAAGAAUUUAAAAAAGAGCUCGACUUGA